UCUCUCUGUAUCGAAAAUAAAACAAAUUCGUUUUCAUUUUAUUAGGAUAUCAAAUCGAAAAGUCGAACAAUCGAGUAAAUUUCUGUCUCGCUGUUUACAGUUAAAAUAAAACGCAUUCAUUGAUUAGUCAAAAUGAUGCGCCUUAAGCAAAUCGGUCCGGAUCACAUUGAGGAGCGUGCCAAGGACGAAGUUCGCGCCAGUUUAAUAAUCUUCACUGCACUCUGCGCCACCAUUCGACUGGCUCCCAUUUUGAUACGAAAGCUCAUGGCUUAGAUGAAGGGGAAAGUCACCAAAUUGCAUUUCAAUUUAAAUCAAAUUACGUAUUAAACAUAUGUGAAUUAGGAAUGUGCAAUGUUAGUUCCUUUCAGAGUUAAGCUGUGCGUAAAUAUAAGUAAUUUAAACAUAUAAAA